AUGGAGGAACCCGAUACAAAAACGCACAACCCAGACAAGCUCCCUUCACGACUGGAAAGCUUGGAAGAAGCUUCUACAGGCGGCGAUGGCAAGCAAAAUGAGGCGCCCGAAGAACAGGCCAACAAGGGCAACGGGACCUUGAACGGCGCUGAUGACAGCGGAAUUGACGUGAAUGGCUCCAGCUCUAAGUUAUCUUCAGCCGGCUCGCCAAUUCAAGAAGAGCAUGAAUUGAUGAAGGACACGUCCAGCAAGAGCCAGCCUGGUGUCGUCGACUCUGCGACAGCCAAUGAUGACGUUGGAGUGCCAUUGCGCCGUUCCACACGCAACAGGAAGGCGCCCGCCAAUUUCGACGAAGCAUAUACAAACGCGACAGCUCAAGAGGCGGUCAAGCCAACAGCUGCGUCAUCAAGGCCGAAACGCAAGGCUUCAUCCGCUGCACAAAAAUCCUUUACCAGCAAGGAGGAUCUUGAUCUCGUCAAUGAAGCCUUGUGUGCACCCAUGGUUUCGGAAGAGCUCAGAUCAUACAAAGGUUGGGUCGAGCUCGAGUCGGACCCGGCAUUUUUCCAAGCCAUGCUUCACGAGAUUGGAGCCCCGGAUCUCAAAAUCACAGAACUCUUCAGCACGGACGCAGAAUCCAUUGCUGCCUUGUCCAAACCCAUCUAUGGCCUGAUCUUUCUGUUCCCUUACGAGAACCAAAGCGAACAAGGUGGUGAAGAGCGCCAUGACUGCCCUGAUGGCCUGUGGUUCGCGAACCAGACCAACGCAAAUAGCUGUGCCACUGUAGCACUCCUCAACAUUGCCAUGAACAUUCCCAACUCGCAGUAUGGCCCGGAACUUCGACGGUUCAAAGAGGAAACGACUGCACUCUCUUCCUGGGACCGUGGCAACGCCCUGGACAGCAAUGAUUUCAUUCGUUGCAUACACAACUCUGUUGCCCGUCGCACACAGCUCCUGAAUGAAGAUUUGGUGUGGCAGAAUAAGCGUGACGAGGAGGAGAAGCAACAGCGCAAGCGCAAAAGAUUCAGCAAACCUAUCCGCAGAUCUAGAGCCAAUUUAAAGGCUCAGUCCAAGACCUCCAAUCCAAAGACAUCACCUGCGACAAAUAAAAACAAGAAAAAACCGGAUCCUGCCAACGGUACAAACCAUUACAUCGCAUAUGUUCCCCACGCCGGCAAGGUUUGGGAGUUUGACGGUCUGGAGGAUAAGCCCCUCUGUCUCGGUUCUUUCUCCGGCGGCAGCGACGAUUGGGUCACGACUGCGAUUGAAACUAUUCAAGUCCGCAUGGCUGCUGGUCUCUUUUCCAACACAUUUAACUUACUCGCCCUCUGUUCCACCUCUCUUCAGAGUCUAGAGGACCGGCUCAUCCAAAGCCUUGCUGGGGCGCAAAAACUGGAGCAGGACUACAGAUCAGACGGAGAAGGUGAUGACCUGUCGUGGCCACAUCCUCCCAUUGCAAAACUUUUCUCUCCUGAGAAACUCCAGGCUUUGAAUUGUCUAUCCUGGGACAUGGUCGCUAACAUCGGGCCGACCGAAUCAUUUAUCAACAGGACAUCUCAGGCAGACUUUGGCAAAGAGCAGGCAACUUUGCUGAUGGCGGAGCUCCUUGUUGAACAAAAUGAUCUCGAGUCUGCGCUGGCCGCUGAGCUGAACAGCCAUCGUAGUGCACGAUCCGAGUAUGAGUCUCGACAACGAGACUUUACCCCUUUUAUCCACCAAUUUCUGCUCGCCCUGGCGGAGACAGGACACCUGGAGGAGACUGUCAACAAUUUUAUUGAGUGA